AUGGAGGCAAAACCGGACUCUGGCCAUGUUCGAAUGGUCGGAGCGGUAGCGGGCGUCGGAAGUGGUCGCACUCGCCUGCAAUGUUCUCCUCCGGGAACGUACCGAGGAGCUAUCGACUGUCUCCUACAAACAGUGCGGAAUGAGUCAAUAUUCGCGCUUUACAAAGGUGCAACGCCUCCCGCUGUCGGAUGGGCUGCAAUCGACUCUUUACUUCUCGGAUCCUUGCACAACUAUCGCUUGUUCCUCAUACGCCACAACGUGACAGAGCCAAUUCCAGGAGGAGAAGGCCGACGCCUUACCCUUACAGGUCAUGGUAUUGCCGGCCUUGUUGCAGGGUUAACGAGUGCUUUGCUAGCUACCCCUAUGGAGCUAUUGAAAGUCAACUUGCAAAUGCAAGUCCAAAAGUCCGUCGCAGACAGGCAGUAUAAAGGUCCCAUAGAUUGCGCUCGGCAGGUCAUUGCAAGCCGAGGGGUCUUGGGGCUCUGGACAGGUUUCACGGGUAGUCUUGCCUUCCGGAGCAACUUCCUCUGGAUGUUCCUUUCGUUUGAGGCUCUGAUGCGCAGCUUUUCGAAGCUACAAGGCACACCUUAUGAAAUUACUACACCUACCGCAAACUUCCUCUCAGGCGGUCUAGCCUCGUUCGCAUUUUGGCUUAUGGGCAUCCCUGCAGACAACGUCAAAAACCGAAUGAUGUCGACCUCUCUCUCCCAGUCCCGUCCGACAUUCCUGGCCAUCGCCCGCAGCAUCUACGCACUAGGCGGAGUACGAGGAUUCUACCGCGGCCUCGGACCAACUCUUGUUCGUGCGUUCCCAGUGAAUGCGUCUGCUCUCUGGGUCUAUGAAGGUCUCAUGCGGCUGCUGGGCGCUGAAAAG